AUGGCUACAGUUUAUGCCGGGGAUAGUGGUAAUGACCCACCACGUAAAUGGUGGGUGCGGAAAAUUUGGUGCUGCACCGGUAGUGGUGCAUCUAAAAAAGGGAGGGGGAAGAACCAGACACUAAACCUGAAGAAAAAGUUUCAAGAAAAAGGUUGGUUUUGGGUUGAUUUUGACAUGAAAGUGUUGAAGACGUGGCACGCGGUGGGGGAAUCAGGGUCUAUGUUUAAGAGCUAUAUAGGGACAUUGGUUCGUGGUAGUGGGGUCCCCAUGACUUAUGACUCAUCGUCGGAUGUGCCCACGCAAGAUAAGGCCUUCCUAAUUCCAGCCUUAAACGAGCGGUUCCUAUUGGAUCCCUUCAUCAAUUUGGACCCCAAUGAGGUCAUGUGGAAAGCAUUUGAGCGCAUGAUCAACGCUGAUGCGCAACAUAUGUAUCGGAACUGGAAAAACGGAUUCAAGAAAACCCACUUCGAUAAUAAGGGGAUUCCAAAAGGGUUGGGCUUGUCGGAGAUAGCACUACGUAGCUUUAACAACCAUGCAGAUAUACUGAAGAUGAAUCCCUGUAGCUAUGCUUUUGUGGUGGAAGAAGGAAAGUACAACUUUUCUUCCACUGAUUUUAUUAAUUUUGGAGGUAAGAGUAAGAUGAUGCCACGGUUACUUGACUGGGCCGUUGGAAACAAGACUUGUGACGAGGUUGAUGAAGCAGCCGAUGAUUUCUUAUGCAAAGGAGAAAAUCAAGAAUGCGAUCAAGAAUAUGCUGGUCCUGGAUAUCGUUGUCGUUGCAAGCAGGGUUACGAUGGGAAUCCUUAUAUCAAAGAUAACUGCACAAAUGUUAAUGAGUGUGAAGCCGGAACUCAUAAUUGCAAAGAUAAAUGCAUUGAUAAUGAAGGAGGUUAUACGUGCCCUUGUCCAAACGAUCAACCUGGAGAAUAUAGGAAUGAUAACAAUACUUGCACUACAAAUAAAAUACCCAUUAUGGAGAUUUCCAUAGGUACCUUAGUUGGUGGCUUAUUUCUACUUUUACUCUUUACCUGGAUAUACUUGGGACUUAAAAGGCGUAAGAAUUUGAUUCGCAAAGAAAAGUUUUUUAAGAAAAAUGGUGGAAUAAUGUUGCAACAAAGAGUUUCUGAUAAUGAAGGUUCUCAUAUUCAAGCUAAACUCUUCACAGUAGAGGAGCUUGAGAAGGCAACCAACAAGUAUGAUCAGAGCAGAAUUAUUGGAAAGGGUGGUUUUGGCACAGUAUAUAAAGGAGUUUUACCUGAUGACAGAAUAGUUGCCAUAAAGAAGUCAAAGAUAGUAGAUCAAACCGAAACCCAAGUUGAGCAAUUUAUAAAUGAAGUGUUUAUCCUUUCCCAAGUCAAUCACAGAAAUGUGGUGAAGCUGAUUGGUUGCUGCCUGGAAACAGAAGUUCCUUCAUUGGUUUACGAAUUUAUUCCAAAUGGCACCCUCUUUGAUCACAUCCACAACGAAUACAAGUCGAAGGCUAUUUCUUGGGAUAUUCGACUAAGAAUAGCAACAGAGACAGCUGGAGCACUUUCAUAUUUACACUCUGCAGCGUCUGUCCCAAUUAUUCACCGAGAUGUCAAAUCGAUGAAUAUACUUAUUGAUAGUAGCUAUGUAGCAAAAGUAGCUGAUUUUGGAGCGUCAAGGCUAAUUCCUAUGGAUCAGAAGGAAUUAGCAACAAUGGUGCAAGGAACACUAGGUUACUUAGAUCCUGAGUACUUUCACACAAGUCAACUGACUGAAAAAAGCGAUGUUUAUAGUUUCGGGGUAGUACUGGUGGAAAUUCUAACCGGAAAGAAGAUUAUUAACUUCGAUAGGCCAGAGAAACGAAGGAAUUUAAUCAAACUUUUUAUCGCUUCUUUAGAAAAUGAGACUCUAUUAGAGGUUCUUGAUAAAAACUUGCAACUAAAGGAAGUUCCUCACGAUAUUAUCCUAGUUUCAAGGCUUGCACAAAGAUGCUUACAACUUAAAGGAGAUGAAAGGCCUACCAUGAAAGAAGUGGCAUUAGAGCUCGAAGGAAUAUCGGCAUCAGUGAUUGACAAACAUCCAUGGGUGAAAAGUACUUCAAAUGAAGAAGUAACUGAAUAUUUGCUUAACGCACCAAGCGAAGACUCUCAAGACCCUAACACUGAUACAAGCCCGAUAGCUUUUUAUAGUAUAAUUAAGCCUAAGAUAAUGUCGAUGCUUAGUGGUAGAUAUAAGUAGGGGCUGGGAUCUUUGGUUAAUUUGUUGCAAUUAGGAAUAACCAGCCAGAGUCUGUUGAGAAUAAUUCAAAGGUUACUUUUGCACGUGUUUGUUUUUUAAUAAUAAUGUACUUCCUGGUCUAUAGGAUAGUACCUAGUUUUUAGCAGUCAUGGGUAGAAGUGGUUUAGUGGUUUGCUUUUUAUUUGCUUACCGUUGUACUCAACUGCUAUAUAUAUGGCAACUUUAUCAUUGAAUAAGAUUAUCAAGUUUUCUGGUC